CUAGGUCAAUAUACCAGCCAGCACAGGUUUGGUCUCCUCUCAUACCGCUCAUCAAACGAUCUCGCGCAAUCGACCCGGACCAAUCAUCAAGCUAUCGACGCCACCAUGUCCGCGGGAAACGCUUUCACUUUCCUCCCACUCGGAGCCAUCAUCCAGGAGUUCAACGUCGAUGGCAUCAACAUCGUCCAGGGGUUCCCUUCCGCGGACUUGUACAAAAAAUGACAACGCUCCUUACUUUGGUGAGACCAUUGGCCGCAUUGCGAACCGAGUUGCGAAUGCGAAGUUCGAGCUCAGUGGAAAAACUCACCAUUUGCCUGUCAACAAUGGUCCCAAUUCUCUACAUGGAGGCAAUGCGGGGUGGGGCAAGCGAGAGUUCGACGGCCCGUCCCAGGUGGAGCGAAACGGCAAACAAGCCACUCUAUUCAAAUAUCACAGUGCAGAUGGUGAAGAAGGAUACCCGGGCGCCGUGGAGGUGAGCGUGUGGUACGUGCAGGAGAAGGAGGAUGGCAAGGAGGUGCUUUACAUCGAGUAUGAAGCCGAGUUGGUCGAUGAUAACAUUUCCGAGACAGCUAUUAGCAUGACGAACCACAGCUACUUCAAUUUGAGCAACUCACCUACGAUUGCUGGCACGGAGGUAACUUUGAUCACAAACAAAUACCAGGUAGUGGAUGACGGCGGCAUUCCCGAGGGGCCUAUUGAAGAGUAUCCUGGUGUCAAACCAAACACGACCUUUACACUCGGCGAAACAGAGCCAGAUAUUGACGAUUGCUUCAUCGCAAACACCAACCCUUCCAGCGUUCCGCUUGACACACGGUCCUCACCGGUGCAGAGAGUGGCAGCCUUCUUCCACCCGGAAUCAAAGAUCCAUCUCGAGAUCCUCACGACGGAGCCUGCUUUCCAAUUCUACACUGGCAAGUAUAUUGACGUACCGGCUGUGGAGGGACUACCAGCACGCGGCGCCCGUGCUGGCUUCUGCGUCGAACCCAGUCGUUACGUGAACGCGAUCAAUGUCCCCGAGCAUCAGUCAAUGACGGUUCUCAAGAAAGGCGAGAAGUAUGGAAGCAGGAUUGUUUACCGUGGUUGGAAGGCUUAGGUAGCUUGCAUUGUCACGGUUCAGCCGCUACGUCGUCUGGCAGCUCUAUGUGCAACUUCACAAGCACUUGGACUCUACCUCGAUGCUUGGUUAGGUUCCUGUAGGUGUCGACGGCAUCAUAGUUGGCCAAUGUCUUGCAUAUUGCAAGCCAGCCGAGUUAUCAGAACACUCACUCUGGUGCUCAUGUUUUGUCUUCAACAAACACAAAUGCAAACCAUGCAUCCGUUUGCACUCCAAGUCGGAUUUGUCAUUGCACACGCUAGCACCGUCUCUAUGUGAAUCGUCCACCCGGAAAUAUCGGUCUUAAUCACGAAGAAGAAUGAUCGGUCCGAUCUUGGGUACAUAUGUACAUACAUGUGUAAGUUUUUUUUUUACACCACGCCCCCCUUCGCCAUCUCUCCCAUCUUGAUUGGCCCCAGCCUGCAAAAGACUUCACAAGCAGGAAACAAGGAAACAAAAUCUUGCGGAAAGGAGCGCCGGCUGGUCCCCACCCACCGAACAGUCCAGGCAGACCUAUUCCAGUCUCCAGAUCAAAGUUUGGCGCCGGCGCAUGCUGUUCGGUCAUGCAGCCUGACAGACGCGCAAGCCGUCACGGAUGUCGCACACGUGAUAGGCCUACAUGGUAACCUGCCACAACGCUUCGUCCCGUUCCAGGCAAUGCUUGGUUCGUGGUUCGAAAGGGACUAUCCGCAGCCGCAUACAUGCAUACAUACA